UAGGGAUGAGGUCUCCUAUUUAACUUUUUUUACUCUUUCUUGGCAUGCAUUCUAAAAGUCUGGCAGUUGUCUAUUCAUUUGGCGCUUGCCUAAAAACAAUGGUGAGUAAGUUGAGCUGUUGUGGAAUGGUAACACGGUCUUGAUUAAAUUGCAGGGAGCCCUUUUACUUGUCAGGUCUGGUGGCUAAGCUGCACACAUGAAAAAAUUUUUAACUCCUUUGCAUGGGUGAGGAUGGUAGGAUAUACUUAGAACUGCCCCACCCACCCAAUUCAUUAUUGAAAGUUUCUGCCUGACUUCACGUAUCAGGUGGACAGAGUGAAUCAUCUCUGAUCUAGUUUUUGUGACUGAAAGAUGAGCAAUUAAGUCAUUUAGAUAUCUUAACUUCUGCUUGCUCCUGAUAAAGCAGUAUCAAACUUCUGAGCCUGCAAGACAUUGAUCAAAGGUGGUGGCUGAACAAAACAACACAGCUCAGUACAGAUGAUUUUGGCUGAACUCCUUGUGUGUUUUCUGCUAGUUUUUGGCCAAAACAGGGCCAUAUCCAAUCUGGAAAGACAGAUAUGGAAGACCUGACAAACUGUGAAAAUGGGGUUAUCAAAGAGCAAUAUCAAAACUAAAAUCCACCUAACAAAGGGGCAUCUCGUGUUAACGUAGCAAGGGCAGAGACAUACCCUGCUAUGAAGUAAUUCCUCUGCCAAGAAUUUUUCGAAGUGCAGGAAGUAUUAAAAGCAUAAAUCUAGAAAGCCCUAGAAGAAUUCAGGUUCAUGUUUCCUCUCUGUUUUCUGUCACUGUUUUCUCCCUUCUCUCAGUAGACAGGGAACUUUCCUUCAGAAGUGUUAAAGAAAGGAUCUAGAAGUUUUUUCUCUCCUACAAAAAAAUAUUGAUGCAACAUGAAGUUAUGAUAGCUUUGUGAGGAGGGGAAGUGGAAUCCAAAUAGUGAAUUUCCCCAGCAGAUUUCUGGCUGGGUAACAGGAGAGCGAGCUGUCCAUGUUAAUAAUACUAGAAAAUACGUAAUUAGGUCAGAACAGGAGCAGCUCUCCUGAUGAUGUCUCAACAUGUCAAUUGGAAAUCUUGCACAUUCCAAAGGAAGUGCCAGGUGUGCAGGCAGUGAAUGCAGACUUUGUAGUAUCUUUUGAGAAGGAAACUAACUCAAACAGGAAUGCCAGUUUCUCGCAGGCAGUGAUGGACAAGAUAGAAAUAACUCUAAUUACAUAUUUUUGCUCCACACUUCGUUAUGGGGUGAUUGGAUUUGUUUUUUGGUUUUUUAUUCUUUGAAAAUUAUUCCCAUUCUGCUGUGACUGAUAGAACUCUUCAUGUUCUGAUGAUCUUAACUGUAACAGAAGUCCUUUCUCUAAGCAACCCAAAUUACCUCUUACUACUGUAGACUUUCCAUUCACUCCUUUUUCUCGCUGAGUAACAUUUAAACUUGGCUUUGAAGCUUAUGCCCAGCUUUCUGUUUCUAAAUUCUAAGUCUUGUUUUUAAUGUGUUGACAUGUUAAUUUGUAUUUUUCUCUUAUUCAGUUCUUGUUGCCUGUUGUACGUCGAGUUUUUCUCUCUAAGGUUUUCCCCAAAAAUUGUUUUGAAGUUCAGGAAAAAAACCAAAAAAACCAAACCAAACCCAAACAAAAAAAUCCCAGACAAACCCUAAACCAAUUUUCCUGCUCUUAAUAAUGUUUGUUGGUAAUUUUGUUUUCAGAGUAUGUUUUUUUUUUCCCCAGCAUAUAUUUAUAUUCAAAUACCAUGCAUCGCCAAGUUCAAGGGUGCUUGAGAAACAGAAAGAUUUUUCCAUGCAGAUUUCAACCCCAGCUUCUUGCUAUCUUAUGAGAGUUUUAUUGCUAGGCAAAUUGUUUACAGGAAAAAAUAGAGAUUUCAUACAUUUUGAACAAAGUGGUAUGUGGAUUUAAUAGAAAAGGCCUGAUGGCGGUAAUAUUGUUUGCUUGGUUGUGUCUUACAUUAAUAAAACCUGUGUCUUCCAUAAUGUAAAUCUUUAACCAAACUACACCUGCUCGCAGUGUACAGGUUUGAGGGGUGUAGGAGCUUCUUUCUACUCUUUUUUUGCUUAAUUUGUCUAAAUUUUGUUUUUCAGUACUACAACAUGUGUAUCCUGGUGUUAUUUUUUUCUCUGGCAUUGUAUGUGCCACACAUGAUUCCUUUCAGCUAAGAUGACCUAUUUUAAAGGAGCCCUGCAAAAAAGCAUACUUAAAAGACUACAAGCUCUAAUUGUAUUUGUGUAGUUCAUACUUAGCCUGAGGCCUGGCAUGUUUGCAUGGAGUUAUUUCCUAUUGCAAAUGUUGCUUUUCUAAAAUCCAAGCCUUAGUGAGCCCUGUUAAAUGAAAAUCUUGGUACAACUGUUCUGGAAUAAUAUAUGCAGUCCUGCUGUCAGCUUUUGAUGGACUUUGUUUCAGGGUAAAGAAUGCAGACUAUAAAGUGUGUAGUUGUUGGAGAUGGUGCUGUGGGAAAAACUUGUCUUCUCAUCAGCUAUACCACCAAUGCCUUCCCAGAAGAGUACAUCCCUACUGUGUUCGAUAACUACAGUGCCCAAAUGACUGUUGAUGGCCGGACAGUUAGCCUGAAUCUCUGGGACACUGCAGGCCAGGAGGAAUAUGACCGCCUGCGCACGCUCUCGUAUCCUCAAACCAAUGUAUUUGUCAUCUGUUUCUCCAUCGGCAGCCCCUCUUCCUAUGCAAAUGUAAGGCACAAAUGGCAUCCUGAAGUUUCUCACCACUGUCCAAAUGUUCCUGUUCUUUUAGUGGGCACGAAGAGAGACUUGAGAAAUGACCUGGAAACAGUUAAAAAGUUGAAAGAGCAAAGCUUGUCUCCCACUACCCCGCAGCAGGGGACUUCGCUGGCUAAACAAAUUGGAGCAGUCAAAUAUUUGGAGUGCUCAGCGCUGAAUCAGGAGGGUGUUCGGGAGGUGUUUGCUGAAGCUGUGCGUGCGGUUCUGUAUCCUGUGACAAAGAAGAACGCAAGAAAAUGUGUCUUAUUGUAGUUACCUUGGGUGAUGGAUGUUCGAAGUUGAAUAUUGGAGGGUUCUUUAAUGAGUUAAAUUGAAGAUUUGCAUCUUGCACUAACAGCUCUAAGCAGAAAUGGUUUAUGCAACAAAUAUUCUUGCAGUCUUACUGCUUCAGGGAUACUGAAACAGAACAGUUUGGGUUCCCCCCCGCCCCCCCCCCCCCAACUGAGAGGUCAAAUAUCUACUUUAUUUCUAAAGUUCUGGUCUUCAGCUUCUCCAGGUAUCACUUGGCUUCUGUCUUUAUUUAGUGGAGGAAAAUAGAAGAAGGGACUGCUUUGAAGCCAGACUUCUUUACUACGUAGCUGUCAGUUACUAGAUUUUGCUGAAAAUAGCAAAUUCUGAUAACUUGGCUUUAAGUGUAGCUGCUGCUUUUCCCAUCGCUUAUUUACUGAUUGAAUUGGUUUUACAAACAGAAGUCUGGCUGUCCAGUUGUUUUAAUUUGUCAGUUUAAAGCUUGAAAACAAUUUGUUUACAUGCAAAAAUACCUGAGAUAUUACUGAGAUUCACCUUAUAGUGAACUGUGAUCGUUUAUACGCAGAGUUAGUAUAAGGCAUGUUUAAUGCAAUGAGCAGGACCCAGGGAACACCUGCAUUUGUUAAUAGAAGCAGGAGCUGAUUUCUUCUGAUAUAAGGAACUUAGAAUAAUGAUGAGUCACUCAAAUGAGUGAUUUUUUUUCAUACUUUUGAAUUGGAGAGGUGGAAGAGUAAUUUAGAUGCAGGUCUUCCAUAAUCAUCUGAACUGAGUUUAUUUCACUCUCCAAAGAGGCUUUGCACCCUGAGAAUAAAGUUAACAGUCAUCUUCUCGGACUGACUGAGGUAGUUGGGAUGACACUUACCAAAAUGGGAUUUUCAGUGUCAUCCCUUUGAUGAAUCCCAGAGACUUGAUAGCAGCCCAUUUGUUCUUGAGGAAUUCAUUGCUUAAGUCCCUAAUGUUUUUGGGGCCACAACCUGAGAUUUUUACAGCAAAUUCCUUUAUUGGUUUUCUGGGAGAAUACUGACAGAAAAUUUGGAAUUUCUAUUUACAGGAACCAGAAACCCUUAUUUUGUCCUGGCAACUCAAUGAUGGUUUCAGUUUAAGUUUUUAACUGUUAGCCAGGCACUGGAUAGGUUUACCUGGACAGUUUUUCUUCCCUACUAGGUGAUCAGUUAUUAUAAACUCUUUUAACUGAAGGUCUGUUUAUGUACUUUUAAACUUUCUUUAGCAGCUUUAGUGAGUGGCAGCUGGCUUUUAUUUUCAGGAUGUGCACUGUUCUUUAUGUGUGAUUCCGGGACCAGCUGAGGAGUGAGCGCAUGAAACCUUCCUUAGACUUACCCUUACAGCUUGGUGGUAUGAAAGCAGCAUGCUUCAAAGAUACUUUGUGUGAAACCAAUGGUGCUGGACUGGGCUUUGUUGUCUGAAGUUGACAGUGCUGUCUUUGUCCGGAUGCAGCCUCAAUUGGUAAUUCAGAACUUGCUUUCUUGUGAUUCCCACACAUGCAAAACUGCACUGGUGUAUACCCUGGGCAGAAAAAAAGCCUCAUUUUAGCAAGAUAACAGAAAAUACAUCAACAAGGUUAUUGGGGAUCUUGUGUUAAUUUGACCUUGCUUUAUCUGAUACGGGCAAAAAUACCCAGUGGAUAGAAACAUUUGUAUUUGUGCCCUGAUUCCCCUCUUUGAAGAGGAUGUGCCUUUCUUCAGCUGGUGUAACUGAUGCUGACACUUAACUGCAACUUUUGUAUAUCUGAGGAAUGCUCCUACUGAAACUGCAACCCACAGAUUUUAAACUGCAGUUAAUCCAAAUACUAGUAUGUGUGGCUAGUGAACCAACACUGACUUCCAAACAUUGCCUGAUUGCAGGCAACACCAAAACACCUGUUAUGCAUGAUGUUUGCAGAAGCCUAGAGACUCUGCAUAUUUUUCUUCACCAAGUGCCAUUGCCUGGAGUGUCUUUGCAUCUUUUGCACUCAUAGAAGAAGUGCUGUUCCAGAUGUGGCUCCUAUUGCAGUGCCCUGCAUGCUGUGAGGGCAUAGGAGUAUUUCAGUGAGGUAACCUCUACUCACCACGUUCUGCCUUUACUUUAGUAGUAGGCCUUUAGUGUGGGCUUGACUCGCAGGCAGCAAUUAACUCUGUGCCUUGUAAUUCAAGAUUAUUUUCUAUAGGUAAAUUUCAGUAACUGAGUACAUAGACUUUAUCAUGUUUAAAAUGUAUUUAUUUAAGCCAGUGCAUGUUUUUUUUUAAUGCUGGUCAGGCCUAAAUCAACUGUCUAGUUACCCUGGUGCAAGCCCAUAACCUUUGCUUCAUUCACAGAUGUACUUUAAAAGAUUUGUGAUAUCUUUGAACUGCUCUUAAUAGACUUAAUUUCAACAACAGGCACCUCUUUUUUUCUACAUAUAUUUGCGAUUUUGUACCGAAGCUACUACUGUUUUAAAGUUUUUACUUUUUUACAUAUUCAGAUCUUUGUUGUGCAUCUUUUGUGGUUAUUCCUAACUGGAUUACAAUAAUUUUGUGAAGAAAACCUUUGAGCAAGUAUUAUUGCACAGCCCUGACCCUGUUUCUGGAGGCUCACAGAGCAGCCAUCCUGGUGUUAACUGGAAGAGAGUAUGGUCAGAUAAAAGUCAACUACUUAAUUUGUUUGAAUUGAUUACAUUAUUGAUUACAUCAUGGUAGAACACUUUAUCCCCAUGUAGAUUACCUAAUAAAUGGGUUGCACAAUAGUACUGAGGAGAAUAACGCAGUAAUGAUGAAAAUGAGCAGAAAGUGAACUUUGAACUGUCAAAAACCUUUUACUGACUUUGGAGUACCUCAUCAAUAGCCAUUUAGAUGCCUUAUAUUUCUGUUGCUUUCUGCCAGGAGCAAAAGUCCUGCUGGCUGACAGCUGGUUUCCUCCAGCCUCUGCUUUUCAUGAGAACGAGCUUCAGGAGCGCACAGAUUGAAUGAGCUUUUCCAUUAGGUGGGCAUUCUCAGUCUGUGGUUCAACCACCCCCCUCCCCCAUUUCUUGGUGCAUUUUAUUGUAAGUAGUCCAGUGCUUCAGUCUACAAUCCAUUCUGUUCCUCCUGCUUUUUGCCUGUGGGUAGGUAAAUACAGACUUCAUCCAGCCCUGCAGCUGGAUUUUGUCUGUUUUCAGGAGAUCAGAAAAGGGGUUAAGCUGUGCAGGUUUCCCGAACUGUUCAAGAUUCCUCGGUUUAUUACUGGAUAGAAACCCAAUGUGUAUGUUUUAAUUUGCAAAAGAGACUCUAUGCAGAGAGCGAUUUUAAUCUUUCGGUUUGAAUUGUUUCUGAAAUACUUAUGUUUUUAAAUAUAGCUGAAGCCAUCCACAGGGGAGCUGAGCAGUUCAGGAAUUCUAUGUCCAAAGGAUGUUACGAGGCACGCUUAAAUGUCUAAGUGCUUUCUCCAGUUUACAGCUGCAAUUAUUUCUGUGAAAUUAAAACUAGAAGAGCCUCACUGUGCUUUGUCCCCCUGUGCUAAACCUGGCUUUGUGGGAACCUUGGUGCUGCUUGGGCUGCCCCCGGGGAGGCGGCCAGGGCUCAUGGGGGUCCCAACCCCCUGGGUGGGCUGCGGGGCCCAUCAGCAGUGGGAGCCCAAGACUCUGAAGUGUGGUACUGAUACAUACACUGGCAACUUGAUUUUAUACUGUAAAAGUAUUUGUAUUACAGCUAACAGUUUUAAAGGAUGAUUAUUAUUUUUUUUUAAAUUAUGCAGAAUUAAGUUGUAAUAAACCUUUCCUCAUCUCUCUGGCUGUCGUAUUAACUCACCCUGCUGUUUGUAACGCACCUGUUCUAAACGUAGUUCUUUCCUGUGGAAAGCCAGACCCCGUUUCUUAAACGCAAUAAACGAUUUUUCGGUGAA